AUGUUUUAUUUAUCCGUCCAUCAAGUUGCUAGACGAUCAACGGAGUGCGCCAUGGAAAAACUAAUCGUUUGUCUUUUAUUAACGAUAUUGACAGUGCUUGCUAAAUCAAUUAAUAAACAGGAAACUGAUAGUGAUUCAAAUAAAAAAUCGGUUCCGUACACGACGCGGGUGGAAAAUUGCUUGACAGAAUCGGGCGUUGCGCCAGCGAUGGUCAACGAAUAUCGCGAAGGUGGUUUCAUGAGCGACGACGGGAAUUUUAAGUGCUAUUUACAGUGCAUGUGUCACGGGAUCGGGCAUUGUGACAAAAAUGGCGCGAUGCUGAAGAGCAAGAUUCCGCGACAUAUUUUCAAUCGGAUCAAAGAUUGCGUAAAGGUGCGUGGCGAUAACAAAUGUGACACCACUUACAAGCAGAUGCUGUGCAUGUCGGAGAAAGCUUGA